AUGUCAAAUAUGCUUGGUAGAGGUAGAACAACUUCAGAAUAUAUGAUGGACGAUGAGAUAGAGCCCGCCGAACCGCCGCCUCCAUAUUCAGAAUUUCCUACAGAAUCAUCGACGGAUAUUCAUAAUAACAACGAACAAUCCACAAAUGAACAUAUUCGUGACCUUAAUUCUUCAACACUUGAAGCUUUUUCACCGUCGCCACAUUUUACACAACCACCUCACCCAAAUAUAAGAUCUCACUUUCCUUUUCCCAACGAAUAUUCUUUUCCUUCUUCUAUACCACAUCACAUGACGCCACCAAAUUUACACUUACAAUUACCUUUUACACAAUUUUCACAUACUAAUGUUCGAACUCCUUUACUUCCUACGACAUAUCUUCCUAUGCGCUCUCCUAUCAAUGAGGCUCACACCUUUCCCCCUUAUCAUAGUCGCUCAAGAGGGCCUAUAGAACGCGUUUAUUCUACUUCACAUCACGCUACGACACGACAAAUUAUUGAAAGUGAAGAUGACUGUUGUUGUACGGCACCUUGUGAAAUAUCCGCGUGGGGCUGUCUAAUAUAUUUAAUUUUAUUUUCUUUACCAUUCGGAUUAUUUUGUUUUAUAUGGAUAAUAGUAACGAGCAUUGUGUGCUUUACUACUCUAAUAUUACCACCAUUAGGAUAUAUUGUUUGCUUGAUUACUGCCGUAUCUUACAGAAUGCUUGGCCGAAUUGAACUUAUUACUCAACAAUUAUGCGGCGGACAGCCGCGCUUAUUUCGUGAAUUAGGAUUUCAAGUAUAUCCUCCAGUAUUUUCCUUAGAUUCGACAUUUUCUCCUUUACAGUCUCAAGGAUGUUUUAGUUCGUCAUUAAGCUAUAUCACGGAUGCAUAUACUCGGAGAUGUUUUAUAUACUUCUUGAUGAUUAAAUUUUUCUUGAGUAUUAUUACUUUUAUUGUAACCAUUUUUGCUGUAAUAUUUUCUAUACCGCUUGCUUUAUGUUUACUGGGACCUGCUUUAUAUCUAGUGAAGACUAUAGGUGUAUGGCAAAAAGAAGUGGCUUUUGAAUUCUUAGCAUGA